AUGCUGCAAACUGAAGGCACACUCAAGGUCGUCGUGAACUCUGCAACCAACAUGCAAGAUGUUGACACCGGAAGACAAGAUCCCUAUGUGCGCUAUGCAUUGAAUCUCGAAGAAAAGGAUUGGCAAAAGACAUUUACUGCCAAGGAUGCUGGUACCAACGCGACUUGGAACCAAACUCUCGAAUCACCUUUGCGUGGUGAACAAGAGAUGUUUGUAGAGGUGAUGGAUGAGGAAACGGGUGUGGAUCAAGUGAUCGGCUUUUGUGCCAUCAAGUUGGCUCCUAUUGUUCAAGCACCUGGUGGACACGUCAAUGCUAUUUACACCAUCUACAAUAUCAAGGGAAAGGAUGCUGGUCGUCUCCAUUUGACUAUCACUGCCUCAGGCUUCAAUAGCCCACCUGCUCAACAACAAUCCAUGCAACCUGUACAAGGCCCAUCUUACAUUAGCGAGGAACAUGCUAAGCGCAUCAAGUCUAUGCGUCACAAGGCUCUUGCUGGUGAUGUAGGCACUGCUGUUCUCGGUGGUGCCCUUGCUAUUGGUGCAGGCUUUUUGGGCCACAAGCUCUAUAAGGAUCAUGAACAAAAGGAAGAGCAAAAGGAACAAGAACGUCAACAAAUGGAAGAAGAAAAGGAGCGAUUGGAACGUGAACGCCAACAAAUGGAAGAACAGCAACGUCGACGUGAACAUGAAGAAGCUGAAGAACGACGUCGUAAGCAAGAAGAAGAGCAACGUCGUGCACAUCAAGGUGGUAACCAUGGUGGCCAUGAACAUCAUCAUCAAGGUGGUGGCGAACAUCAUCAUCACCAUGAAAGCCGUCAUCAUCACGGAAGUGGAGGUGCAUCCGAAUGGGAUCCUGUGGGAACCUAUGCACCAGGCGAUCGCGUUCAAUACCAUGGCCACACCUAUGUUUGCCUUCAAGGUCACACUUCUAACCCCACUUGGAUGCCUGGUGCAGCCCACUCUCUCUGGCAACCAAUGUAA